UGAAAUCAGGGUCGUGCAGAGCGUCCGCGGGAUAAACGUGACAAGUGAAGUAUCAAGUCGCUAGAACACAUUUACUCACUAGUGAGGCGCCACUAGUAAAGUUAAAUAGGUAGUAAAGUGUCAUCUCGAACUUUGAUUACAAUGUUAUGUUCGAGAAAGGAUAGUGAAUAGUUAUGCAUUCACACCAAUGCAACACACCUGUCGUAUGAUUGAGUUGCCACAAUUCCUCUUGGGUCUAGUUACACGUGCUUUCAACUGUUCAAAGUCAGGAAACAGAUCUGACUGUUCACAGUGUCAGAAAAUACAUACCACAACGUCAUAUUGGAGAGGUAAGGAAAGGUCCAAGAGGAAUAAAGAUGAACAAAUAUCGUUCUUUAGAAAAAGCAACACAUACGUUGCUGACCAGAAAGGUGAAUCUGGUAAUGACAGAAAAUCAAACAAAAGAAAAAACGAUUUUCCAUAUAGACAUGAUGAACUUCAAGGCAGCAGUGACUAUCAUACCAGGAGAGAUCACCAUAGAAAUCACUCCAUGAGAAAGGAUAAAUACAAUGUUGGACAACACUAUAAUGAACAGAAAGAAGCUGUACAAUCACCUGAAAUUCAAGACACUAAUGAAUUGGAUGAUAAUUUUGGGAACCUGUCAAGAGAUGUUAAGGGGACUCUUCCAAAAUGGCUACAGGAUGAAAACCUUGGUGAAUCUUAUGAGAUGGAAAAGCCUCAUCGCCCACUCUUAGUGGAAAAUCGACGACACAACCAGGACUGGUACUUCAAAAAGAUUGUGAAGAUGGGAAAGGAAGGAAAGGUGCUGGAGGCCAUUGCUGUCCUAGAUGACUGGAUGUUAGUUAGAGACCGGGUCAUGCCCAAUGAAGAUAUUUAUACAGCCAUCAUAGGUAUCAUUGGACGUACCGGAAAUGCAUCCCUGGCAUUUGCACACUUCAAAAAG